UUACAGUCCUUAACACCCACCAAUCCUCACUGGGCCCGAGUGAUGGGUCAUUGGCCUUACUCCCUAUUCAAUUAAAUUCCAUUUAUAUUCCAGCAGAUGAGUCAUUAUUAUGCCGAUGAUGACAAUUAAUUCGAGACGCUAUUACUUACUGUAGCUGCUUUUGUACGUUUCAUUGUCACCCACAAGAUAUAAAAUAAAUAUUGGUUAUAUAAUUUUAUUAUGAACCUUAAAAGUUACACAAUACAAUUCAUUUUAUCUCUCCUCUCUUUAGGAGUAAUAACGAUGGAGUGCAAUGGCACAGAGCCGCAAUCAGUGAGUCUAGACGUAAUGCCGUUAGUGGCGGGUUAUCUGCCGUUACCCACAGUGCGUCUCUCUAAAUACAUACCAGCUAAUACUAAAGAUCCAAAGAAAGACAUCUCCGCUCAUCCGCGAUUGGAGCCCUUCAGCCCAGGACAGGUAUACCACGCAGGGAAAGCUAAACAGGUUCAUGUGCUGCCAUCUAUGCCAAAAGAACAUUUGGAACCACCCGUAUAACACUAAAACUUAAACUGAAUUAAUUUCAGACAUUAUUUAAACAAAGUUCAAUACUAUUGCAGUGGCGUCAUACGGUUACAAUCAAAACUCAACUUUAUUAAGUUCUGACAAGAUAGCGAUAAUGCGUUAUAAUAUAUUGCGCUACAUAAAUUGUCGCCAUAAUAAGCUGUUAUAAUAAUUUCAGACAUUAUUUAAAACAAAGUUCGAUUUUCCUUACAAAUACAUUAAUGUACUGCUCGAUUUAUUACAAGCAAUUCUAUAAUUACAUCUAUACCUAUAUGUGGACUGUUUUUUUUAUUGCGUAAUUACAUAUUUUAGAGUUCAAUUAAAGUUAAAAGAACAAAAUAUUACAACAAUGUUCUAAAAAAAUAGAUUUAAAGUCUCAAGUUGGACAAAAAUAGAAAUAAAACCACUUCCCCACUCUAAGACAUUAUUACCUCGCAAACCGCAAACGUCACAGGCGAUAAAGACAGAAAUUUUCUCUCCAAACCGGGGGGGGGGUUUUUGAAAUACAAAUAAUAACUGAACUUAAUCUAGACCGGUUAUAUUGAAU